ACUAAAGAACCCACUUAACUGGAGCGCAAGUAGCAGAAUCUGGAGUGUCAGUAUCAACUUUCAAAACCAACACCCAACUCAUCUCCCCCAAUCCAACGGCUCAAAAUCCCCUCCAAACUAAACACCCAAAACCACAAUCUUGAUCUUCCCAAACUUGUAUUUCUGCUCUACAAUUCUGGAAAAAGCUUCAGUCUUUCUGAAAAUCUAUCAGUUUAGUCAACUGGGUCUCCUUCAAUUGCUUCUGGGCAUGUUCAAAAACUCAAAACCCUAAAAUGCCCGUAUCAACUCGGUCGCAAAGUGAACGGAAACCCAGGUCGGAUCAAGAACAGACCCACUCGAAUCUUCUUCCUCUGCGAAACCCACACCAUGGAUUGAAGGAAAAGAUGAAAGCUUUGACUCUACUCUACGAGCAGCAGAAGCAAGCCUCCGCAGCUCUGCGAAACUCGAAGCCCCCGGACCCGUCGGAGCUCCGACUCGGGACCCAGAAGUGUAGAAAAGAAGAGCACGAGUCGGGGCUCCGACCCGGAAGCCGGGUCGUGAUGAGAGAGAACAACGCGGUGCACAACUCCGCCGUUACAAGAACCUACGCUCUGCCUCUGCCUCCGGCUCCGGCCCAGUUUCAGGCCCAGGCCCAACGGCAAGCCCACGACGACGCGAAGGAGAAUGCGGCGGUCGCCGGAACCACCACCACCGACCGGAUUCUCAGCUUCACUUCGCUUCCAAGAAAGGCCAGGUCCUCGACGGCCACGGUGGCGCGGCGGCUCUCCCUCGGCGGAGGAGGAGGUCAGAUUUCUCACGUGGCGCCGGAGAUGGAGAAUGUGCGAGAAUUGGAGACGAAAUUUGGGGCUUCGGAGACGAAAUUGGGGGUAUCGGAGACGAAAGUCCCAAAUUGUGGGAGCCGGAUUAUGGUGUUUGUGAGGCUUCGGCCGAUGAGCAAGAAGGAGAAGGAGGGGGGUUCUCGGUGCUGUGUGAGGAUCGUGAACCGGCGUGACGUGUACUUGACGGAGUUUGCGAACGAGAACGAUUAUCUGAGGCUGAAGAGGCUGAGGGGACGGCAUUUCACGUUUGAUGCUUCGUUUCCAGAUUCUACUUGUCAGCAGGAAGUUUAUUCCACCAGUACAGCUGAGCUUGUGGAAGCAGUUCUGCAGGGGAGGAAUGGAUCAGUUUUCUGCUAUGGUGCCACGGGAGCUGGGAAAACGUACACAAUGCUGGGCACUCUGGAGAGUCCGGGAGUGAUGGUUUUGGCGAUCAAGGACCUCUUUACAAAGAUAAGGCAGAGGAGCUGUGAUGGAAAUCAUGCGGUUCAUCUGUCCUAUCUUGAAGUCUAUAAUGAAACUGUCAGGGAUUUGCUCUCCCCCGGACGGCCUCUGGUUCUUAGAGAAGAUAAACAGGGAAUGGUGGCAGCCGGUCUUACACAAUACAGAGCUUAUUCCACCGAUGAAGUUAUGCAAUUGCUUCAGCAGGGAAACCAAAACCGAACUACUGAACCAACUCGCUGUAAUGAAACUUCUUCUCGCUCCCAUGCUAUUUUACAGGUUGUGGUUGAAUACCAGGUAAGAGAUGCUUCUAUGAAUGUGGUCAACAGAGUAGGCAAGCUUUCACUUAUUGAUCUUGCCGGGUCCGAGAGAGCCCUUGCCACGGAUCAGAGAACAGUAAGAUCUAUUGAGGGUGCCAAUAUAAAUCGGUCACUCCUAGCACUGAGCAGCUGCAUCAAUGCUCUCGUGGAGGGAAAGAAGCACAUACCUUAUCGAAAUUCAAAGUUGACCCAACUUCUCAAGGAUUCUCUAGGAGGAGAUUGUAACACUGUAAUGAUUGCCAACAUCAGCCCAUGUAACCUCUCAUUUGGUGAAACCCAAAACACCCUUCACUGGGCUGAUCGAGCAAAGGAAAUUAGGACCAAGGCCUCUGAGGUGAACGAGGAAGUAGUGGAAGUACCUGAAUCUGAAACUGAUCGUGCCAAACUAUUACUUGAACUACAGAAAGAGAACCGUGAACUUCGAGUACAACUGGCACGUCAUCAACAGAAACUAUUAGUUGUCCAAGCACAAUCCUUGGCUGCCAAUGCAUCUCCAACCCCUUCUUCAGCUACCUCUCUCUUGACUCCUCCGUCGUCUGCCCAAGCAAAUGAGAAGAGAAAACCCAGACCAUCUUUCUUGGCUAGGAAUUGUUUCACACCUGAAUCCAAAAGAAGAGGGGCUGAUGAAGGAGUUAGAGAGCUUCAAAAGACAGUAAAAGCAUUAGAAGCAGAAAUAGAAAGGAUGAAGAAGGAUCAUACUUCACAGCUAAAGCAGAAGGAUAAUCUUAUUCGUGAUCUUUCACGGAAAAGUGACCAAACACCAGCACCAACAGUGGGGAGGGAGGGGACAAAGAGGCUAGUCACAAGGGCUAGCUUGAGACCAAAGGAGCCAAGCACAGGUGAGUUGAAGAGUCCAAGCCAUCGUUUCAGGUCACCAGUCCCAACAGCGAAAAAACGAAGCUUUUGGGACAUAACAACCGCAAAUAGCCCAUCAGUUACUACACACAAUGGAAGGAAAACUAGAAGUCAUGUUAUUUGUGAACCACCUGCUGUUCCCUCCAUGCUUCUCCAGCUUGCCUAUCCAUGUUUCUGCUUUGUGAUAUUUUUUGGACCGCACAUCAUCAAUUAUACCAGCCAGGUUUUGCACGACAAAAGCCCGAGCGUCUGAAGUAACACAGGAAGGAUGAAGAUGAAGGGAAAGAGAAAAGGACUACUUGGAGUUGUCUGCAAAAUGGAAAGAUUAUGGCUAUUACCUGGUGGAAAUAUUAUUACUGGGUAGGAGUGGGGCUGCUGUUACUUGUAUUUUAUGUCAUGUGCUGCUGUGAUCAUAAUGGAGUCUGUGUUCAUCACAUCAUUCUUUCUACAUACUGUUUCUUCUGUAUAGUCAGCAAAACACAGUUCAUUAGUUUAAUAUUUUGUUUCUUCUUCAGAAUAAUGUGUUACUUAUUCCAAGCUCAUUUAGAGAUCAUCAGUGCUCACCCAGAUGAAUGCAUUAUUGCUUGUUCUUGUUAUUUUAGAAAGAAGAAGCGAGCACAUUUUUUACGUUGCAGCAUUCAAAAUCAUGUACGUAAGUGUGUGAGGUCUU